AUGUAUUUUCUGCGAUACACAAUACUCCUGCUGGCAGCGCAUUGGUCGACGUCCACGAAGUAUAGCGAUAUCGAGGAGGCGUUCACCAGCUUCCUCAUCACACCGUUUGUGAUACCAGAAGUACCACCUCGACUACUUUCUGCAAGAUUUUACGCGAAUAAAAUACAUUUGGGCAACAAAAUACCCGCGUACGGGACGGUAAACCCACCGGUUGUGUACUACGAAGCGAAGCCCGAAGUCUUGCACACUAUCGUCAUUCUUGACGCUGAUCCACCAAGCGCCAUAGCACCCGUGGACACGCAGAUGAUCCACGCCUUACUGAUCAACGUCCCCGGCAACAAGCUCGCUCAGAGCAAUUACGCCACGGCUUACUACCCCACCGUGCCGCCAGUCGGCUCCGGGUACCACCGCAUCGUCCUACUCGUCUACCAGCAACCGUGCUGGAUCAAUAUGGACAGUGUACAGAAGCUAAAUGGAAACUACGACAACUUCUCGAUCACAAGAUUCGCAGCGGAGCACGGUCUCGGCUCGCCCAUUGCCGGCAACUUCUAUCUGACGCAACUGAACAUUUGCGACAAUCACGACGAAUCUAUGGGCCAAUGCUCACUCUGA